GGCUCCUAACAACUGUGGUGGGAAAAUCACAUCCCUAAUCUUUUCCGCAUCAACGCAGCAGUCGGAAGUAGAAGGGGCAGAUUCAGAACUGAUUGUUCUACCCAAACUAAAAGCUCUCUCAAAUCCAAUCACAACCGUCGAAUAUCCAAUCACAGCCCUCAAAUGGUAUGAUGUUGAAUGCAUGGAAAUUGUAUCAGAAAUGCCUGGCCGUCCAUCCUGUCAAGACCCAGAUCAUCAGCUCCGGUGUCCUCUGGGGCAUAGGAGAUGUUGCUGCUCAGACCAUCUCCCAUUCCACCCUCCAAAAACACCCUCUCAACAGCACUGAAGGAGGUGAAGAGUUCAAGAUCAAUUGGAAAAGGGUGGCUAUCACUAGCAUGUUUGGGUUUGGAUUUGUUGGUCCUGUAGGCCAUUUCUGGUAUGAAGGCUUGGAUCGAUUCAUAAGACUCCGGCUUCAACUGCAACCCAAGUCACUACGGUUUGUCACUGCAAAAGUGGCCACUGAUGCGCUUAUUUUUGGGCCCUUGGACCUAUUUGCAUUCUUCACAUACAUGGGGUUUUCAGCUGGGAGGAGCGCGGCUGAGGUGAAGGAAGACUUGAAGCGGGACUUCCUCCCAGCCUUUAUUUUACAGGGAGGAGUGUGGCCCAUAGUCCAGGUUGCGAAUUUCCGAUUCAUUCCGGUGAGAUAUCAGCUUCUCUAUGUAAAUGUCCUUUGCUUGGUGGACAGCGCCUUCUUGUCAUGGCUGGAGCAACAAAAGGAUGCACCUUGGAAGCAGUGGUUCACAUCUUUCCUGGCAUUAGAAAAAAAAGAAGGCCAGGGUUGAUUACUUCUAUGGUUCUACCCCCCAAUUGUUUGUAUAUUUUACAGAUGUGCCACUUCAUUUCCCUUCUGUUUUUCCCUCAUCCAAUGCAAAUACAUGCCAAAAGAUUCAUGUCUAUUGUGGGAUUUGUUGGAAGACCCUGAAUCCCAACAUGGGUUUUAAAAAUGGGAUUAAUGGGAUGUGAUUUGAACUGCCUUGAAGCA